UACGAUUCUUGAAUCAAUCAUGGCGGACCAACAACAUGCAGCUGCGAGUGAUAAAGAACCGAGAAAAGAACCAGACAGCGUUGCCGAAGAAGUAGUUAACAAUUUAAAAUCGCAAGGAUUGUUUGACCAGUUCCGUAAGGAAUGUCUUGAAGAGUUGGAGAGUCUGGAAGCUUAUAGGUUGUUGAAGCAAAGAGUUGAAAAUCAUGUUGCAUCAUUUCUCUCUAAAUAUAAAUGGUCAGAAAAAAUGUCCAAGAACAGUUUAAGGGACAAUCUGAGGAUGAAUAUUAACAGAUCAGAAGUAUUGCUGAAUGGUGUUGACCGACUAGUUGAUCAGAUCCUAGCUUCAAAAAUUGAUAGUUUUGCAGAUCGAAUAGUUCCAGAAAUCGAUAAAUAUUUAGGGAUAGAGCGAGCAGAAGAACCGGCCCCAGGAACAGAUACAGACAAAGAUACAGUCUAUGUGUCCCAAAAAGUCUUUUCUUCUGAUACAACGAGUUCAUCCUUACCUGCCACACAAACGGUAACAACAAGAAGCAAUGUCUCAUCUUCUUCCAGCACAGCACAAGGUCUAAUGGUAGAAAAUCCAAAUACCCAACAAGCUACUUGUCAUGUUAAGACAAAUGACAAGGGACUUACACUUCCUAUUAAGAAGCUUUCGUCUGGUGCUUCUCAAGAGCAAACCAAGGGAAAGGCUGAAGAAGCCAGGGCAUCUUGUAGUACCUAUCAAAGUCUUAAAGCUGAUAGCAGUGCAAGCUGCAAGACUUCACCUUUAUGCAAAGACGUUAAAAAAGAAGGACUAGACUAUCAAUUGUCAAAAUCGCAACCUGAGAAAUGCAAGGCAUUGGAAAUCAAAGGGGCGAGUAGUGAAGGCUGUAGACCUUUCGUCAGAAGCAACCAAGAUUUAUUAAGCGAUUCAAAAAUCUCUAAUAAAGCCCCUCAAAUUGGACCUAAGGCUUCGAAGUCAUGUGAUAUAGCUGAGAAUUGUGUCACUGAAACUAGCAAAAAGAAUUGCGAGCUACCUCUGAAGAAAGAGCCAGGCCUUUCUCCAUGUCAAAAAUCAACUGAAAAGAAUGCAGCCUCUUCAGUUCUGGAAACAGCCUCAAGACAAGGCAAGCUUGAUUCCCAGACGGUGGCCCAAAAAACGUAUAAUAAAUCUAUGCACGGAACGACCUCAAAUAACUCUAGCACGAAAGAAGUUACAAGCAAAGAAGCUGACAACUGCAAUAUGACGAGAAGUGUCCCGGAUGAUAUAGCAAUAAAGAAUGCGAGUGAAGAGAAAGAAACUGGGGCCAGUUCCCAUACCAACCCUUCAGAUGGCUCUACCGUUGAUGCGCUUUCAAACAUCCAAAAGGAUACAAAGAAGAGAGCACUUCACUGUGAAGGAGGAAGUCUUAAAGAUUGUGAAGGUGGGGGCUGUGAAGUAACCGAAGCCAAUGUUAGUGAUUGCUCGGAUACGAAUGCAGUAGAUGAUGCAAGCAAUGUUAAGGAAUGCCGUUCAGAAAAGGUGGUAACUAAAGAUUAUGGUAUGAAUUGUGGGAAACUGGAGGAGACGAGUGGUGACAUAAACAAACCGAUAGCUAAAAUGGAGGUUGCCGAAUCGGCAGUAGGUAAAGAUGGUGGCUGUGCUGUGCCAGGGUUAGCCCAAGAAGAAGAAGAUGCAUGUAAAGGUAAAGUUGAAGAACUAGCUGGUAAGAGGCCUGGGAAUGAAUCACAUGACAAAGAUAUCUCAGAUUCUGUCGAAAAGGAAGAAGAAGGUGAUGAAAAUACAAGAGGAAAUAUCAUUGUAUCCGAGCAGACUAAAGAUAGUAAUGUUUAUGCUUACUCUGAAGAGGGUUUCGAGAAACCAAAGCUUAGUACCUCAUCAGUUGGUAGUGACCUUGAAGAGAGUAGCGAUGCUGACACAAAAAGUUCAGACCAUGUUUCAUCUGCCUCGGGAAGAGCAGGGAAAGAGUCGGUUGAUGACGUUAGCACUGAUUCGAGCAAGGAUCUGCAUUCUCGUUUUGGACAGAGGAAAGUGAAAAGAAGAAAACGACUGAUUUCGGAAAGUGAGGAUGAUCGUACAACCAAAUCAGCUCGAAUAACAGACGAAAUUAAAGGGGAUCUGACCGUCAGUACGCAUGUUGAAGGCAAUAUGGAACAGCAAGAUGAACAUAUUGCUGCUAACGAUGCCAAGCCAAAACGCGGGCGAGGGCGACCACGAAAGGCAGAGGGCGCGAAACGUGACUCGCAGCCUUCGUCUGACAGCGACAUGCCCCCUGAAGGCAGCAUAGGCCCUGCAGAUGUAAAUCGACAAAACAGCAAGCCCCAGGAAUACAUCACGGAAUCUGGCAGUUUGAAAAGACAAAGAUCAGUCGGAAGUGAAAGCAACGCAUCAGAAACUGGCACAGAGGAAAAAGAUAUCGAUAUGCGACGAACGAAGAGGCAAAUAAAGCCAAAGAGGUGUUAUUCUCCAUCUGAUGGGAAAUGAAAGAACGACUCUAGUUUGGCCCAUCCUGUUGUUUAUUUGGAUGUAUGUAUUCUAUUUUUUUCCACAGAGUCAUAAGAUAAGUCAAUGAGCCUGUGUUUAAAGUUUUCAAAGCCGAAAAUCACAGGGCCUAUUAAGCUUAAAAUCACGCGUUUAAACAUAACUAUUAGAAACGAUAUCUGAUACUGGUACUCCGGAAAUGACAGGAUAAAGUCCAGGACAUUCUCUCCGUUUGUGAGGCAAGCCUCGGUCACUCUUUGCACCCUGUAAUACUUGAAAUGUGUUUUGCUCUUCUGGAAAAGCCUAUCUUGUGAAACAGAUAAUUCAACGGAAUAUUCAUCAUAUCCAGAAGGAUUUCACUGAAGAAACUAAGGAUGGUCUUGAUAGUGAAGUACUUUUUGCAAAUACAGGCAUAUUCCGUUAAAACUCCUUUUGUCAUAACGCCAGCUGCAUCGUUCGCCGCUAAUUUCAUUUGGUUCUGUUUGAAACCUUGGUAAAUUGCCAACUUUCCACCGUCCGCCUCUUUCCAUUUAUUCGAUGGUAAAAUCUCCUCCUUUACAGUCUUUGGCUUUCAUGGCUCUCCAUUGGUUUCUGUCCUGAUGCAACAUGAUAGAUGAAUUAGAAACACCCAAACAGUUUCUAAGAAUUAACAAAGAAACACCCAAACAAUUAGAUGCCUUAGAAAACAUUUGCUUGAUGUGGACCGUAGGAGAGAAUAGUUGUUUGACGUGAAUUUUUAUCCUAACAAGCUUUUCGUUUAUAAACGUGGGCAUAAGCCAGUUGAACUGUCAUAAACCUCCUUGAAAUUGUAGAAUUUUUAACAAUGUGAGUAGAGUUUUAGUCAUAUCUUUUACCGAAUCUGAACAUGUUUAUCCUAAGCUCCAGAAUAAGUAGAAAAUGCAAGGUACUUGACCACCCCUAUUUACCUGAAAACCUGACAUGAACAUGCGAUAGGGGUAUCAUUGUGUGCCAUUUUAUAGUUAUUAGAAAAUAGUUAACACGUAAGCAAUUAACAUUGCAGCAUUUCCUCUUCUUUUUUUGAUUUGAUUGUAAAAUAGUUUCUUGAGUAAAUGUGCUGUACAUAUCCACAUAUGAAAGAAAGUAGUCUGGCAUUCUGAGGAUCAAAAGUAUCUGAUUAAAGAAAAACGAAAUUUCUCCGCAGCGAUUUUUAUUUUACUCCAUUUGCCUGAUUACAAUAUAAAAUGUAACCUUUAAAUAGCAAUUCAAUUAAUAUAAUUGCAAGACUUUAUUUCAAAAAUCAAUAACAUAAGAUUUUGAAAUUUCCAUAAAGCAAGUACGUGUAAACCUCUAAUCUGGACUACACAAUGAACUUUUAAGCAGUGUCUUAAACCUUUACUUUCCACGAUGCCGCUAAAUGCAAGUAGCCAUGCUAGAAUGAAAUGGAGGUGAUUUGGGGCUUGGUGAAUUUUGCUUAAAAAUCUGGCGCAUUCAUUACGACGGCCAUAUGCUCUGCCUGCCUCCUAUUGAAGAAGAGACAGCCCAUUGUUGAGUUGUUUGUGUUCAAAAGACAGAUGUUUCGUUGUUUCAAAAUAGUCAGAAACAUCAUACGCAGCCAUUUCAAAGAAAAUAAACCCAAGAGUAGUUGAAGACGACUUUCGGACAUAUGGAACGCAAAUUGACGCAAAUGAUCGAUAGGGAUUAUUUUAUAUGUCCACGUCGAUUUGCGAUGAAAGUUGUAGAUGUUUGCAUUUUACAUGCAACACAACCUAGUAGACAGGCAAAAACGUGGAAAUGUAGAUUCGACUGGAAGGCAUGGAAAACGAGUUUGUAGUCUCGAAACAACUGUGUGAAAUAACCCAAAGUAAACAGAUGUCAGUGAUUGAUUUAAACAAGGGGGUUUUGCAGUUACCACAAUGGUUUGCGUUUAUCAAACUAAAUUAAAAAACAUAAAGUAUGUUAGCACACCGCCCCAACCCACAGUUAAAUCUAAGCACUAAGGAACAUAUACACUAUCACGAACAAACCUAAUUGCUAUGGAACUGGUAGCAAUUCAAAACAAUCUGAGAAAAUAGGCCAACUGAAAACCACGACGGGACCUCAGGCAGCUCAGGCACAACGUCCGAAGGGUCUAUCGAUUUUGGGCGAGAUGAAAAGUUUGAUUUGUAUAAGAAGUUCUAGGUCCCGGCAACAUGCUGUCCCUAUUGGUGAAAUGGGUGACAUUGACACUAGAAACAAUUUAUCUAGCAUCACUAAUUAAAAACAUUAUGUUUGUUACUUAAUUGUAUGUUCAUUUCAUUUUGUAAACCGGCAGCCUAUCGGUA